CUCCGCCCGCCCCUUCCGCUUCCGGCGGCGUGUUUUGGGCGGCGCACUGGGCGAGGGAGCCCCUUGGCGGGCCGAGAGGGAGGGAGAGACGCCGGGAUGUGGAGGAGCAGCGCCCGCGCCGCCUGCGUUGUCUGUCAACACCUAGCAAAUGGGACCUAUGGAGUCAGAGGGAAGUCGCCGCUGCAGAAACUGCAUCUCGUUUCCCGGAGUAUUCAUCAUUCCCGCCACCCUCUUUCCAGAUUUCAAAGGCUGCCGUUACGGAUCUCAGCGCAGCCGUUCUCUGCUCUUCAUCACCUUCCCUUGCGCAGCAGCAAACUCCUCCUUGUAAAGCAUGGAUCCCAACCCCACAGGACCUUUUGGCUAGCCAGAGUGGCUUCCAGGCUUCUAAAGCUUCGCUAUCUCGUCUUAGGAUCUGCUGUGGGUGGUGGCUACACAGCCAAAAAGACAUAUGACCAAUGGAAGGAGAUGGUGCCUGAUCUCACUGAAUACAAGUGGAUUAUUCCUGACUUCAUAUGGGAACUUGAUGAAUACGUUGACUUCGAAAAACUUACAAAAGCUCUUCCUGAUUCAGAAGACCUUGCUAAGCUGCUGCCUGAUUUCGACAAGAUUGGAGAGAGCCUCAGAUCACUGUCGGGUUUCCUCACACCUGGUUACAAUUUGAUUAGUGAAGUCAUAGGAGCUUCUGAUCUACUUCUGUUAUUAGGUUCUCCCGGGGACACGGCUUUCCGAGCUACGGAACAGGGAUGUGAAGCUGAGAAACAAUACAAGAAGGGUCUCCUGGGCGAGCUCAUUCUCUUGCAGCAGCAAAUCCAGCAGCACGAAGAGGAGGAGGCGCGCAGAGCCACUGACCAAUUGGGCCCAGGCUCCUCCCAGCAGAAGCGAAAGGUUUCUGACAAAGAAAAGGUAGAUCAGCUGCAAGAAGAACUCCUGCGCACUCAGUUGAAAUAUCAACGGAUGCUUGAGCGCUUAGAGAAGGAGAACAAAGAGCUCAGGAAGAUUGUCUUGCAGAAAGAUGACAAAGGCAUCCACCAGAGGAAGCUGAAGAAAUCUUUGAUUGACAUGUAUUCUGAAGUCCUGGAUACUCUGUCGGAUUACGAUGCCAGCUAUAACACCCAUGAUCAUUUACCUCGGGUUGUAGUGGUUGGAGAUCAGAGCGCUGGCAAAACCAGUGUGCUGGAGAUGAUUGCUCAAGCCCGGAUCUUCCCUCGAGGCUCUGGGGAAAUGAUGACUCGUUCGCCCGUUAAGGUCACCCUCAGCGAAGGUCCCCACCACGUGGCCAUGUUCAAGGACAGCUCUCGAGAGUUUGAUCUGACCAAGGAGGAGGAUCUGGCAGCCUUGAGGAAUGAGAUUGAGAUCAGGAUGAGGAAGAGCGUGAGUGACGGCUGCACCGUCAGCACUGAGACCAUCUCCCUCAGUGUUAAGGGUCCUGGCCUGCAAAGGAUGGUGCUGGUGGAUUUGCCAGGCGUCAUUAGCACGGUGACAUCAGGGAUGGCCCCGGACACAAAGGAGACGAUCUUCAGCAUCAGCAAAGCCUACAUGCAGAAUCCCAACGCCAUCAUCCUUUGCAUUCAAGAUGGGUCUGUGGACGCCGAGCGCAGCAUCGUCACCGACAUGGUCAGCCAAAUGGACCCUCAGGGCAAGAGGACUAUCUUUGUUCUGACAAAAGUGGACCUUGCCGAGAAAAACGUGGCCAGUCCAAGCAGGAUCCAGCAGAUAAUUGAAGGCAAGCUUCCAAUGAAGGCUCUGGGGUAUUUUGCAGUCGUCACAGGAAAAGGAAAUAGCUGCGAAAGUAUUGAAUCUAUUAAAGAGUACGAAGAGGAAUUUUUCCAAAACUCCAAACUACUCAAGAACUGCAUGCUGAAGGCCCACCAGGUGACCACGCGGAACCUCAGCCUUGCCGUGUCGGACUGUUUUUGGAAAAUGGUGCGAGAGUCUGUGGAGCAGCAGGCGGACGCUUUCAAAGCAACCCGCUUUAAUCUGGAGACUGAGUGGAAGAAUAACUACCCCCGCUUGCGAGAACUUGACCGGAAUGAACUGUUUGAAAAAGCAAAGAACGAAAUCCUCGAUGAAGUCAUAAGCUUGAGCCAGGUGACACCAAAGCACUGGGAAGAGAUCCUUCAGAAGACCUUGUGGGACAGGGUCUCGACGCACGUGAUAGAAAACAUCUACCUCCCGGCAGCACAAACCACAAACUCUGGCACCUUCAACACCACAGUGGACAUCAAGCUGAAGCAGUGGACAGACAAACAGCUGCCCAACAAGGCCGUGGAGGUUGCCUGGGAGACCCUCCAGGAGGAGUUUGCUCGCUUCAUGACGGAAGAGAAGGGCCAAGAGCACGACGACAUCUUUGACAAACUGAAGCAAGCCGUGAAGGAUGAGAGCAUCAAGCGCCACAAGUGGAACGAGAGAGCAGAAGACAGCCUGAGAGUGAUCCAGCACAACGCCCUGGAGGACCGCUCCAUCUCCGACAAGCAGCAGUGGGACGCAGCGAUUCAGUUCAUGGAGGAGACCCUGCACAGUCGCCUGAAAGACACUGAAUCAGUCAUUGAAGACAUGGUGGGCCCAGACUGGAAGAAAAGGUGGCUCUACUGGGUGGGGCGCACCAAAGAACAGACCAUCCGCAAUGAAACGAAAAACGAGCUUGAGAAGAUGAUAAAAUGCAAUGAAGAGCAUCCGGCUUACCUUGCAAACGACGAGGUCACAACCGUCCGGAAGAACCUGGAGGCCCGGGGGGUGGCCGUGGACCCCUGCCUGAUUAAAGACACCUGGCACCAGGUUUACAGGCGGCAUUUCUUGAAGAAGGCCCUGGGCCACUGCAACCUCUGCCGGAGAGGCUUUUAUUACUACCAGAGGCAUUUUGUGGACUCUGAGCUCGAGUGCAACGAUGUGGUCCUGUUCUGGCGGAUUCAGCGGAUGCUGGGCAUCACGGCCAACACCUUGAGGCAGCAGCUGACCAACACGGAAGUGAGGCGCCUGGAGAAGAAUGUGAAAGAGGUGCUGGAGGAUUUUGCUGAGGACUGCGAGAAGAAGAUGAAGCUGCUCACGGGGAAAAGAGUCCAGCUGGCCGAGGACCUCAAAAAGGUUCGGGAGAUCCAGGAGAAACUUGAAGUCUUCAUUGAAGCCCUCCAUCAAGAAGAGAAGUAGCUGGUCCGCACAGAGCUUCUACAGGAAGACAAAGCCCCUCUUCUGGAACACACAAAGCACUAGAAAUGGCCCCACGGCGCCUCCUGGUCCUCCUCUCCUCCCUGUUGCACUUUUUAGGGGUGUCCCCGAACGUCUCCCAGGGAAAGGAGACAAUUGGCAGGAGGCAACGAGAGGUCCUGGCUGCCACCUGCCCUUUGGGUGACGGUGGCAGUAAUAAUGACGAGGGAAGCAAACCUGGCAACGGAAACCGAUGCUUUCUUACCUGGAAAUGAUGCCUUGAGGGUGGGGUCCAGAUUCUGCAAGUGCUCCCUCUCUCUCUUUUUCCAGGGAGGGGCCAGAAGCAGGGGGUUUUUCUUUCUGGGGUGGCAAGACCCCUUCCGCCGCCUCUAGUGGUUUUAGCCGGUCGGGGGCUCCUUUGCGUGGCGAACCCGAGGGGCUUGAAAUAAAAUUUUAGCCUUUGUACAUACGUCGACAACACCUCCUACGUAACGUUUGUUUGUUUGUGUGACGCAGCGCAUUGAGGGGCCCUCCAGGCGAGAGCAGCUGCCUUUCAAUGCUCUUCUGGGGAGCCAGAUCUCGACUGAGGCACUGGAGAGAAGCUGGGCAGGGGGGAGUGAGCCUGGCGGGGGCUCCCAGGCCGUGCCCAAACAGGCACCCGGGGGCCCAUUCAUGGGCAUCUGGCUCCAAGAACAGCACCCUCCACUGUCCAUUUCACUGCAGUUUGGUCCUGGGGUGGGACUUUGGCCAGCUCCAUUUCUCUUUUUAUUUUUAUGCUUGCUGAGAGGGACUCCUUCCUGAGUAUCCCACCGGCAGUGGCAGGUUCCAGAUAAAUCGUUGUGCAUCAGCCGCUUUUGAGACAUGUGGAAUAAGCGCCUUAGAGAGGGGGAAGAAGCGUGGCAGGGGCAGGCUCUGGAGGGAAAGCUCCUUUUGGGGACUCGCCCAGUUUGGUUUUUUAAAGAUGCAGAGUGUCUUUUGGGCGGGAGAGGGGACCCUGCCGUGUGCUGGUCACGGCCCUCCACACAGAGACCCUUUAAACCCAGCCGUCUCCUCUCUGCAUCGUGGAAGAAACAGCCUCCUCUGUGCAGACACUCGUCACCCCCGUUGAGCAGCUCCAAGCAUCCGUUGUGGGUUGACUCUGUCGUUUUGCGCCAGCCCUAAAUGCAGAAAUGUACGUUACCAGUAACAUUUCCUCUCCCGCUUUUCGAGGUAUCUUUCCAAAUGUCCUCUUGCCCACUCUCCCCCUCCCUAUCCCCACAUCUGCACUGUCUGCCUUUCCACCUCUGUGCAAGUGACUUGCUGGCAGGCUGCUUCCUUCGAUGGGCUACGCAGCGCUGCCUUGUAAGUUCUCUCCCUCGUCCUCCGGGGAUCCUGUCUUGCUGCACUUUGCAGGUGGGGUUUUGUUUUGUUUUUUGGCAAAGGGGAUACUGCCUUUGCUGCCCCCCUCUUCCUCCGCAUGGUGUUUUGUGAAAUCUGGAAACAAGAUGGGCAGGGAGAGGCAGCUGUUGCCAAGAACCAAAAUGAGGGAGAUGGGAGAGAGCAAUCCUCAUUCCUCUGCUAUUAAAAAAUAAAGUGAGAUGGCAUUUUGUGUGUUUGUGUGUGUAGCAAAUGCUUUCGGCCACACGCCAGAGAUUCUGCGCCCUCAAUGAUGCAAAAGCCUCUUCGCUGCUCUGGCCUUCCUAGAGGCAACUUCAGGAUCCCAGAAGGGGAUCCUUCCCAAAAAGGGGUGCUGCACCAAGACCCGUCUCUUACCGCCCCCCCCUGCCCCCCCCAAUCCUCUUCUCGUACUUUAUUCUGUCUGGUCCACUUUUCAGUUUUAAGCCUCUGUUGCCGACCUGACGUUUAGCAUGAUGUAUCCCGUGGAAGUUAUUUAUUGAAUGCAGAUGUCAUUGAAGGAAAACAAAAUAAAGAGAGGUUUUGAGCACUUAAA